UUUUUUCUUUUCUUUGUCCUAGUGCAUAUAAAUUAUACGUAUUUUCUUUGUUUUUCUCACAGUCGUUCUGGUCGCCCUAUUGGUUGCUUCUGCGGCGAAUGUCAAAUCCCCUUACCUUCCUCCGAAGAGGCUCAAGCUAUCCUGAGAGCCAAUUAUGAAGAAACACCGAAAAUCUUUCCGAGGACGAUGGUUUGGCUCAGAGAGGGGGCUGAGGAAGCCAUUGCUUCUCAACCUGGCCCGUCAUGGGAGCCGCAACCUGGCCCGUCAUGGGAACCACAAAUUGAUAGUGUAAUAAUCGAGCAGGUGGAUCCCAUUGAAGUUGAACAACCUGUGCCAGGUUGCGAGCCUCAAUCCAACACCUUUUGGAGGCCGUUUGAGGAUCAUCCCGUCAACGUGCGAUCCCAUUCGUCGGUGGCACUACAAUCGGGAUCCUCCUGGUUUUUAAGGCCGGAACCAGAAGAGGAUCCCUUAAAAAUUUCUUUAUGUGUGUGUGGGAAUUGUGAGCAAUUGUGAGUGUUU